AUGUCUUCAUCACUAUUGAAGGUUGAACAAGCUCUCCUAAUCGGACAAUGGGAUGGUUCAAUCAAAGAGUCCGACUCCUCUAUCUACAAGCUUGCUCACCAGACAACAAACGGGGAGUUCAAAGCUGUGCUGACUUCGGGGUCUGCGAGAUCUUUGCUUAGAAUCCGCCUCUCUGGAGCCGAACUUUGGGAUAACUCGAUUGAAAGUUGGUUCGAGUUACACGACUUGGAAGAGCUAUCUGUUGAAGAGAAUGAACUGUUACGUCUCAUAAUCGGGAUCGCAUGCUUGCAUUCUUUCAUCCAAGUCAACUGGACUGGGCCAGAUCUAGACAUCACACCAUCGGAUAUUCUGUUCAACAAGACAAUACAGACAAACAUUUCAAAUGAUGGCAAUUCUAAAGACUCAUCCGCUCCUGGAUACGAAGAACGGUUAAACAGGAAAGCUAUAGGAGAACUAGCAUAUGGUGGGGAGCCAGCGUAUCAUCUAGCGCAAUCAACUGGGUUUUUCCGACUUGCACAGAUACUAUUCGACUAUUCCUUCUCUGUAUGCCGGUCGGGGGCGUGGUGGAGACUUCGCGCAGCACGCAUACAUCAGCAUAUUCUAGACGAGCCUGUUCCUGUUCCUCCGGGCUUGACGGACCCGCUGGAACAACUUUAUUCGGAUGUUGCAUCGGAGAGAGAUCUCGCGGGGCGGUUGGCACUGGAAUGUGGGCUUUUGGCGAAUAUAGUUGGGAAGGAGAAGUAUGCGAAGGAGUGUUUUGUAAGAGCGGCGAGGUAUACGGGAUUGGAGUAUGAGUUGACGGGCGCGUUGGGUAAGAGGACGAAAUUCCAACAGACGGAGGUCAGUCAGCUUGUAUUGCUAGCGGAAAGCCGUACGAGGUCCAAUGAAGAAGAGAAAUCCAGAGCCGAUCUUAGGAAGCGGGAUGAUACUGGCGAAUUGGAUAUUGAUGAGCGUAGGGCUAGCGGGAAGACGCGGCUUACCGUAAAUUCGGAAAAUGGAGAGACGGACGCGUCCGAGUUCGCUGCAGUCGCUUUACCAGAGACUCUUGCACUAAACGACGAUACGCUUCUUGAACAAACCGUGUUUACGUCUUCUUCCGUCGGCGCACCAGGUUCGAGACUUGGCCACCUAGAUCCAUCUGCACAACCGCCUCUACAUCCCCUCGACCAAUGUAUCCUCUUGUCAUUAUGUCUCAACGUGAAAAACACUUCGCCCGCACAUGGGUUGACUCAAGAACAAAUGAAACCGUACGUCGCGCGAGUAAUUUCGCAUCCGCGGAAUUGGUCUGUCCAUACCAUGGCACUGCUCCUGCGAUCCCGUCUCGAAGCGGAGCGGACGCGUACCGUCGAGCGCUCCGUGCUCCAGCUUCAAGCGCUUGUGGACCAGAUGCCUAGCGCAGAUUCGCCACUUUCAGAACGCCUGCUGUACAUUCAUUCCCUCCCAAUGCCAAGUAAAUGGGAAUUGGAAGGCGAAUUGGCUAUGCGGUUCCUCAGUCUUGGCGUCGUACGUUCUGCGCUCGAGAUUUUCGAAAGACUUGAGAUGUGGGAAGAAGCAGUGAAGUGUUGGCAAACUCUGGAAAAGUCUGCUACUGGUAUCGAGAUUGUACGCGACCUCCUGGAAGGACGAAAGGAAGAGUCAGAGACAGUCAUACAACGCAGCAAAGCCACCAAUGAACGGCGACGGCCCGCCCUUGAUGUAGCGCGUGAGGCAAAGUUAUGGUGUUUACUAGGGGAUCUAGAGCCUCAGAACGCGGUAGAACACUACAGCCGCGCCUGGGAGGUCUCAAGGGAGAAGUCCGGCCGUGCAAUGCGCUCGUUGGGCGGAUACUACUUCUCACAUGGAGAGUUUGCGAAGGCCAUUGAGUGCUUACGAAAGGGCGCCGCAAUUAAUCCUCUACUGUCUCGCCCGUGGUUCAUCUUAGGCUGUGCGUGCGUCCGUGAGGAGAGAUGGGAGGAGGCAAGAGACGCGUUUUCGCGCUGUGUUUCGAUUGACGAUGAGGAUGGCGAGAGUUGGAACAACCUUGCAAGCGUUUAUCUGCGGAUGGGUUCAACUACCGGCACCGUUGAUAAAGCGGACAAAGAAAGUGAGGAUCGUGCAGAAGAGUCUACAAUUAAACAAGAGUGGGAACCACAUGAUUCCAUUCCCCUGGCGAACAAACUCCUCGCGUUCCGCGCCCUCAAGACCGGUCUGAAGCAUAGCUAUGAUAAUUGGCGCAUGUGGACGAAUUACAUGAUCGUAGCGAUGGACGUCGGUGAAUUCGCAGAAGCGGCUCGAGCGCAGGCGCGUGUUGUAGAAGAGCGAGCAGCUAAAGUUGGAGCUGAUGCUGUAGACGAAGAUGUCCUUGACCGACUUGUCGACGCUGUCAUCCGUGCCCCAGAGCAAGUAGAAUCCGACACACCUGUUACCCUUGAUGAACCCACAGUUGUGGUCCCGGGCUCAAUAGGUGCAAGUAGAUCUCCGAAUGAAGGUGAGGGCCUCCGACCUCGGGUGCUUGACCUUUUUGAGCGAGUUAUCCUUCCUCGAGUCUCCUCGCAACGUAUGUACCGGGCAUAUGCCCGCCUCGUUGCGUCACAGGGGCGCUGGUCGGACGCAGUCAAAUAUUACCUGGAUUCAUAUCGAUUAAGCUCAGCAGCCAUGAUGGAAAAGGGCGGCGAGGCUGAUAAGACAAAAUGGCUUGAUGCAGUCAGGGAUGUAGAGGAGAUCGUCGACGUCCUACGCAAUUUCGGUCCCCGGGCCGAAGAUGAGGAAGGGAGGAAAAGAACGGAGGAAAACACAGAAUCAUCAGAAGUAGACGGUGUGAUGACUCGACCUGGCAAGUGGAAAAUGCAGGCACGGAGUAUUAUCCGCACCUUCAUGGCACGCACGCGAGAUGCAUUCGAAGAUGAUCCAGAUUGGUCGAAGCUAGUGGAGCUGCUUGAAGAGUUGAAGCAAUAG